AUUGGCAUCCACAACGAAGCUCUCCUCUGUCUCUCUCACCCACUUUCAUAACAACAACAAUCAUCAUUCAUCUUCAUCUUCUUCAGUGUUCCUCACUUUUUCCGCAAUCUUUCUUUUUAUCACCGACGAGAAAACAAAUAGUAAUCCUUUUGAAGUUUUUCACUUUCCUGGGAAAUUGCACAAUUAAUGAGUUUCUAUAUUUAUAUUAAAAGUUGAAAAUUUAAAGCCUUGUCUCUCUUUCGUCGGUUAAUUUGUUUCAUCUGAUCGAAAAGGAAUCAGUUUAGGUCUUUGCCUCCUCUCUCCGGCCAGCUCAAUUCUCGAUCAAAGGUUUACUCUUUCUUUUUAAUUUUUCGAUUAUUUGAAAAAUUACUAGAAAUAUGUUUUCAUCAAUAACGAUCCUGAUCGUUAUUUGAUCUCACAAGUUUGUUUUCUGAUCAAAUUUUACUGUUUUUUUGUUUGUCGGUUGAUACACUCUGUUUUUCUCAGUUCUUUGGAUUAAUGCAAAUGGGGUUUUUCACUUUUCGGUGUCUCUUAUCUCAAUUGAGUUUGUCUGUUUCUCUGUUGAAGCAAAGUUUUUAUCUUUUUCUUCUUUUUGUGUGGUUAUAUAUGUGGUUGUCGGAAAUUUACCUAAUUUAGGGUUUUUUCCUGUGUAAGUGCUUGCAUUUCACUUUAACAAAACCUCAAGUUAGAGUUGUGAGUGUUCAGAGUUCAGAUCGAUUGAAACUCUCAGUUGCUACUCAACAGAAAUUGGACUUUUGGUUUGUUGAGAUGUAUUGUUUGAAGUUGCUUUGUUCCACUAGUGUAAAAUAACAUUCUCUUCUCUGCAUCUUUAGACUUAUCAAGGAAUCAAACCCAUUUUAUCAUUGCAGGUGACGUGGAUAUAUGAAGCAGAUGUUUUGGGGAACCAGAGUUCUGUAAAUAGAAACCUUCACGCGACGUUGAAAGGUUUUUGAGACGAAUAUAGGAGGAGAAGAUGGGAUGUGUUUCUUCUUGCUUCCGGGUCGAGGACAUUGAUGAGUACAUGAAUCCAAACAGCUCUGUCUAUAGGAACUGUCCCUGCAUAAGAUGCCUUGCUCAUAAUUUCCUUAACCUGUAUAUUUCGGUCUUCAGAAGAGGGGAAACUCGCUCUCUCCCAUCUUCGGUUCAAGCUACUGCAUCGAUAACUUCCUCUUCUUCACACGAUAACUUUUUGUCUGAAGCAUUCCGUUCUACUCCAAGACCUCUGCCUUAUGAUGCUGAUCCUAGAUACUUCCGCUCACUCGUCUCAAGACGGGAGAAGGGUUCAAGUCAUUCUCAUGAGGAAGUUGAACCUUUAAGAAGCGAUAGCGAUGCAGAUUCUGAAUCUUUCGGGGUAGGAGGGUGCAAAUGGGCUAAUAAUAAGUCCACCCUCUCUGAUAAAGAUUCCAAAGAAGAGUACUCUAGUAAAUCCAGUCUCAGGAUUUUGAGAUCAAGGUCCAAGUCAAUAAUGGCCGACUCUGAAAACAUGUAUAUAUUGUCUGAAGACGAAGAUGUCUGCCCAACUUGUCUUGAAGAAUAUACAUCAGAGAACCCAAAGAUUGUGACAAAAUGUUCACACCAUUUCCACCUUAGUUGCAUUUAUGAGUGGAUGGAGAGAAGUGAAAACUGUCCAGUCUGCGGAAAGGUGAUGGAAUUCAACGAAACACCGUGAUCAUCGACCAUUGAUCCGUGUCCUGUAUCUGAACUGAAACCGGGGAAGAUGACAAGGCAAUGCAAGGAAUAUAAUUUGUAAAUUUGGCUUUGUUGGUUUGUGAAUAUUUUCAUUUACAAUGGUAAAUAUAUGAAGCAGAAAAGGAGAAACUGUUACUCUGCAACAGUUUAAGUUCCUGAGAAAAUUUAACUUCCAUGAAACAAGAAGCAAUGUUUCUUCUUUAAGUGACUUUUUCUCAUGAAAUGCCUCUGUUGUUGUAUUCUCUAGUCAGUCAUCAAAACUCUUACAUCAUUGUCGUUAUAUAAAUAAAUUUUUCUUUUUUUAUGUGUUCAAUCUAAGGAACUGAUGCAGUGAUAAAAGUCUUAUGAAGUG